AUGUGCGAAGCGGCUUCGUGGGGGGCAGCAGCACACGGCCAUCAGCGGGUGCCAGCUCAGGAGCCCCAAGAGUCCUUGAAGGAGCUCACACGGUAUCUAUGUCAGUUCGGGAAAAGCCGCCACUGGCAAGAGGCACUGGCGCUGCUAUGGCAGGCCCAAGACGAGUCGCUGCGCCUGGACCUCAUUGCGGUGAACGCGGCGGUGAACGCCUUGAGCCGAAGCAAAGCACCAGGAGUUCUUCUGCAAGAUCCCAAGUCGCUUUGGAGGCAGGCCUUUCAGCUUUGGAAUGCCCUUGUGGACAGAGGUUUGCAAGGAGACUUGAUCACCAGCAACACAUUGGCCAAUGCUGGUGGAGUGACCUGGUUGGCCUCCUUGAGAGUCUUGGCCACGUGGCGGCGAAGGGCGCUACAAGUCGACAGCCUGGGGAUCUCCGCCACGUUGGGACAAGCCGUGGACUGGCGCUUGGGGCUCGCCCUCUUCACUGCGGCCACGGUGGAUGGAACGGCGGAUUUGGUCUUGCAGAAUGCCUUGUGUACGCUUUUGGAGCGGCAGGACCAGUGGCAGAGGUCCUUGCGCUUUGAUACAGAACAGGACAUGGACCUGGUGGCGGGUGCUUGCUUGCUGAGCGCUUGUGCACGCGGCAAGCUCUGGGCAGAGGCGCUUUCAACGGCACAGCGCUUGCGCAGCGCAGGCUUGGAAGGCAACGCGAUGCUUGGCACUUCUGCUUUGACCGCCUUGGAAGACCACUGGCGUAGGGCUUCCAGGCUUUUGGACUUCCUACAGCUUGGCCAGCCCAACAUGGUCCACAUCGCCACGCUCUUGAUGGGUGAUGCGUCUCGCAGUGCCUGGAACAUGGCCUUGGCGCGGUUUCCACGGCACGAGGAGAUGGUGACGAAGAGGAUGUCAGGCCCGGUGGCACGCAAUUGCGCGUUGGUUGCCAUGAAAAAGGCUUGGUCUUGGUCCUUGCAGCUCCUUGAGGCCGUGACACCGGACGUGGUAUCUUUCAACUCAGCGAUGGAGAGUUGUGGCCCACUGGGUGGACAAUGGGACUUCGCCCUUCUCCUUUUGGAGGCCAUGCAGCACAGACGGAGUUCGCCUACACUGGUGAGUCUCUCAACGUACUUCAACAUCCAACUGUCUGGGUGCACCCCCUGGCGACGACUGUCGGAGAGCCGGAUCCAUUCAGGCCUUCCAGGCUCCUUGACCGUCGCCGGCGCGUGCCAAAGAUGCGGCCAGUGGCGACAGGCCUUGCUGGCCUUGCACCAGGCCGAUGCAGAUGUGACCACCUUCCAUGCGAGGAUGACUGCUGCCCUGCAUUCCACCAAGGAAAGAGUUGGCGAGGACUCGGACGGCGUGUUGAAGGAAGCUUGGCGCAGCUCCUUGGGCCAUUUGCUCUUGUUGCAGGCGGCCACGCUACGAAAGGACUUGGUCACCCUGAACCUGGGGCUGGCCGCACUGGGUGCCGGACAGAGGUGGGGGCAAGCGCUUUGCUGGCUACUGGAGUCCUGUAGCAGGGUCUUGCACUCAGCGGACGCAGUGGACCAAGUCACCUAUGGCGCACUGCUGGGCGCGCGCUUCCCGAGUGCUUUGGCACUGAAGCUGCUGGAGCGGAUGAAGCAGCAGGACCUGGAGCCCAAUGCAGUGAUCCACUCGGCCGUGCUGGGCGCCUGUGAGCGCGACGGGAAUCUAGCAGCUGUGCCCGGCAGCGUUGGGGCUUUGGCCCAGGCAGGAACGGCGCUGAACUCCUGA